AUGUUUCAAUCUGGUAUGUCUACAAUGAUUUCCAUUGUUGUCCUCACAGCAGUGCACGCGUACAUGGUCAAGGUUUUCGUGAAGGUUGUUAUACUGGUCGUAUUUCUUGGCAUGUGCCAUGGUCUGAUAGUACUUCCCGUGGUCUUCGCAGCUCUUCCGUUUACGAAAGCGAAAUUGUCACAGGAGAAACCUCACCAGCUGACCAUCAUGGAUGUGAAGCCGGGAGCAGGUCGACAGUCAAAUCAGGCCUGA